ACAAGGCAGAUUCGCGCGCCUGUCGACGCUCAGCCUCACGAUCCUCGCAGGAACCCAAUCUUCAACUAUCCCACGAUUAUUUCCCUCCGUCAAAGACACGAUGCAGAAUCCGCCACCUAUGAACUUUGACGAAAUAUCCACAGAUGACCAAUGGCAUUUUAAAAAUGCUAAGCCUUUCCAGUAUAGGCCGUCGCGAGAACCCUACGACGGUUGGUAUAUCUCAACCAGCGACGGUAGUAUCAAACAGCUGCCCGACAGGUACUGGUCAGCCUCUGCCAGAGAGAUCAGCUUCACCGCAUGGCAUCCUGAUAAGCUGGCCGAUGACUGCAUCGACAUCUGGAGUCCAACCCUCCGCAACGCGAUCCGUGAAGCAUGUCCGAACAUCUACAAGAGUAAGAGCGAGACAAUUCUCAGCCUUCAGAAAGUCCUUGAGAACUAUGAGAUGCUGGAUCAAUACAUACGCGACAAACAACUGCAUGUCUCGCCGAAUGAUCAAGUCGUCGAAGAACUCAAACUCUUUGCCUACGCCUUCCUCCGGAGCGGGGACAUUGCCAAAUUUCUGGGCACAUUCGGCUUCGAGGAGUUAUACGAGGACAAAAUCCUCUCCAUGUCUCACUGGAGCAUAUACAACAAGUUGCUUUUGAGAGAGACCUAGAUACACUCGAUAGGGCGUUCGAUGCGGCUGAGGAAGAGCCAGCUAAAGAGAAGGCAGCCAAAGAGAAAACCAGGUUCUCCGGCUAUC